AUGGUAGUUAGAGUAUUAGAUGAUUAUUAUUUAGCAAUAACAGCAAUAAUAACAGUUGGAUAUCAACUAAUCUUUUUUACUAUCGCUUAUACAUUUCAAAUUGAUUCAGUGACCGAUUUUGGAGGCGGUAGUAACGUUGCUUUAUUGGCGAUAUUAUCAUUUGUUCUUGGUCAGACAUGGUAUGUCCGACAAAUAAUCGCUACGACAUUCGCUGUUUUAUGGGGUGUGAGAUUAGGAUUAUUUUGUUUAUAUCGAAUGUUGAAAUCAGGAAAGGAUUCAAGAUUUGAAAAUAUUCGAUCUAAAUUUGCAUCAUUGCUUUUCUUCUUUGUGUUACAAAUGAUAUGGGUUUGGAUAAUUAGUUUACCUGUCAUAUUUUUAAAUUCUCCAAGAAUAAGUAAUGAUGAAUAUGGUGGUAAGGAUGUUAAAUUUGGUAGCGCAACCGAUGUUAUUGGUGUGAUAGUAUUUACCAUCGGUAUAUUAUUUGAAUCUAUUGCUGAUCUUCAAAAGGGCUUUGGUCAUGGAGUAGGCAUCCAAAUUAUUUCGGUGAAAUCUGUGACUGGAAUAUUUUUAUUAUGUCUACAACCUACUAUUGCUGGAGUAGGUACAAAUGCUGCAUAUGCUUCAAUAAGCUCUCCCGCAUUCACAAUCUUUUUGCUCAUGUUUUUAAGUGGGAUGCCAUUAAACGAACGUCCUGCACAUGAAAAACAAUGGAAGCAAGGAAACUGGACUGAUUACUCCAAAUAUCUUGAGCGUACUUCUGCAUUAAUACCAUUUCCACCAAAUCUUUAUGAACCAUUACCACAAAUGAUUAAAAGUACGUUAUUUUUGGAAUUUCCUCUGUAUAGAUUUAUACCUGAAUUAGAAAAUGGUGAUCAAAGUGGUUUAACUAGAGAUGGUGAAAGCAGUGGUAAUGUUGCCGGAAAUGAUCAACAAUAA